CAAUGCAAGAUAACAAAAUAUACAUUUACUCAAAAUAUUGUAUAAUUUUAAUAUGCAUGUUGUACAAUCGCUUUUAUAUUGAACGUUCAGAUAAAAAUUAUGAAUAUUUAACACAAAUAUGUAACCUACAAAUUCAUCAAUACUAUAAUUGCAACGUGCGUCAUUUGUAAACGUUAGUUUAGUAUGUCUUUGUCAUUUAAAGAGUGUAAAAUAACGGAAUACAAAAUUUGAAAAUAAUACAAUUUAAUAUAAAUAUAAAUCAUGAAAAUCAAUUACAAGCAUCUUUAUAUAAAAGCGCAUUAUUUCUUUUUCAUGGCAAGUAUGGGUACUACUUUUCCAUAUGCUAUGGUAUAUGGAAAGCAACUAGGUAUUUCACCAUUAAUCGCAGGUACUAUUGGCAUGAUUUCUUCUGCACUACACUUGAUUGCGAAACCAAUAUUUGGGUUUAUAAUGGAUUAUUUUCAAUGGAGAAAAUUAAUUUUCAUAAUAUUGCUCAUAGUAUCAACUAGUGGUUAUAGUGCGAUAUUCCUUUUGCCAUCAUUACCAGGUCCAAUAUUUUUAGAUCAGCAUUUUCAAAAUGUUUCAUGUGCAUCUCUAUCGUAUUGCGAUAUAGAAAAUCAUACAUUAGCAAUUCAAUCGUGUAAUGGUACAAAAGAUACUGUGUGCCAUUGGAUAUGCAAAGAUAUGAAUUUUUCUGUAGAAUUAUCUUUUCAUGCAGAUCAACAAACAGUAAGCAUCUCAUCAGAUACUGCAUGCUUAUUAAAUAUUAAUGAGACGUCGUUGUGCCAAAGAAAUAUAACUAAUUACAACUGCAAUGUUACUUGUGAUGAUUUCGAAAAUCAAUGUGUAUACACAUCUAUUACUUUUUGGAGUUUUGCUUUCUUUUUUUGUCUUGGUGAUAUUUGUUAUUUUAUUUCCAUCUCUCUAAGCGAUGCAACUUGUUUUACUAUAUUGGGGAAACGUGAACAAUUAAAGUUUGGUAAGCAACGGCUAUGGGGCACUAUAGGUUACGGUAUCGCAGCAUGUUUAACUGGAUAUUUAGUGGAAUUGUGGUCGCAAGAUAAAAUUAAUAAAACUUACACACCAAUGCUUAUUCUAGUGCUUGUAUUUGCUUUUAUAGAUUUAAUCUGCUGUAUAAAAUUAGAGAUGCCAUUUAAAAGAUCCCCAACUGCAUUAAAAGAUGUCUUUACGCUUUUGAAAUCAAAAUCUAUCAUUAUAUCUUUGUGUUUCUUUAUAUUUGCUGGUAUCCUUAAUGCCACCAAGAGAAAUUAUUUAUAUUGGUAUUUAGAAGAUCUCGCUUUAACGACUGGUUAUAUGAGUAAAAUUAAAUUUAUAGAAGGUUUAAUCGCAAUGGCGGAGACUUUCGGUGGCGAAGUAAUAUUUUUUUUCUUUUCUGGCAAAAUACUGGAGAAACUAGGAUAUGUUUACACUUUCUUAUUUUGCCUUUUAUGCUAUGGACUUCGUUUUGGAUUAAUAUCUUUAUGUCCAAUGCCGUGGUGGGUACUUCCGAUAAAGUUAAUCAUGCAUGGGCCAUCGUAUACGCUCUGCAUAUCAACAAUAGCAGCAUAUGCGGACGUGGUAGCACCUCCUGGUGCUUCAGCUCUUGUUCAAGGACUUUUUCAAAGCAUGCAUGAUAGUUUAGGUCUCUUGAUUGGCAGUUUAAUAGUAGGUGCCUUGUAUAAAAAGUUUGGUGGUACAAUAACAUUAAGGAUAUUUUCAGUACUUGCAGCACUUUCAGCAUUAACAUAUUUCAUUCUUCACAUUUUGUAUUUAAAACAUGAAACACUAGAUAAGAAAUCAGCUUCACGCAAUGAUGUUGAAUGGAAAACAACGGAUGAUGCACGAAGACAUUGUGUAGUAGCAGAAAUGUAAUAUAUGCAUUAUACAUUUUUCAGAAAGUAAUAUUUUAACUUUAUAUACAUAUGUAUAUAUGUAUAUCUCUUGAUAUAAAAGACAUAAUAUAAAUUAUAUAAAUUAGGAUAAUUUGAAGCUAUUUUAUGUUAUAUGUGAUACAAUUAGUUAGAGUACUGUAGCAUUUUUUAUUGUAAAAAGAUGCAAGUUUUUUAUCACAUAAUUUUAUUUGUAAUAAAAAAAUUGAACUACAAAGUUUUUUCGUUGUCAAACGAAAAAAAUACCGUCGUUUUAUGAGUUUGUCUAGAUGCGUUAUUUAUGUCCAACACAGAUGUUAAUGUUAUUUCUCGCCUACGAACAAAGAAAUGAUCAUGACGCAAUUACGAUAUUAUAUUUUUAUAUUAUUUUUAUCCGCUGAAUUUUUAUACUUUUGAUUUGUAUGCGUAUUGGCUAUUUUCCUAUUACAUUGUCAUUUAUGGUUUUAUCCAUUAAUUUAAAUGUGGAUUUUUUAUAUAUAAUUGUUAUGCGUGUAGUCAAAAUGGCUCAACUACAUUCUUUCCAAAUUGCAACUUAUUUCUCAUCUAUUUCCCUAAGUAUGUAACAUACACUUGUUUUAAUAUCGCAAUCGUUUUUCCACUAAUUAUUUAUUUUGAAGCGGACUUUAUACUAGUCGAAACGUAAAUUAAAAGUUUUUGUUUCAUUCCGUAUAAUUUCUUUGAAAAAAAGCUUACACUUGACUCAUUUAAAAUUUUUUAAUAAAAUAUAAACACUCUUAUAUCAAUUCAAUUGGCUCGUUCACUGACCCUUUUUUAAUUGAUUGCUUUGCAUUACCGAGCUUUAUCAUCUUAAUCUUAAAAGUUUAUAUCAAAUCUAAUAUUAAACUAAAGUGAUUAUUAAAAAGUGAUUAAGAUAUCUAAAUAUAUAUUAUUUUAAUAAAUAUUGUAUAAUGUAUAACAUAUACAGUAUGUUAUAUACAGCUAAAUUAAAUGUACGGCUUUAAUGUUAUUUUAAUACAUUUUAUGUGGUUCCAACUUCCUAAAAUAUAAUGAACUUAAUUACUCAUCGUGAAAUUUUGCUGUUAUACGAGAUAAUUAAUAUAUUUUUAAGAAGUAGUGACAGGAAACAAUAAUAUUUCUUUUGGAAUAUAAAAAAUGGAACAAUAAAGUUAUAAUAGUAACAAUAAAAUUUUUUUGUGAUUAUAUCGAUUUUUACAUAUCGUUUUUUUAUCGGUUUCUUAAAACUAGGUUAUUUACUCAAUUUCUAGUUUAUGUUAAGAUAAAGCGCUUCAAUGCAAGAUAAAGAGAAAUGCAUUUAUUUAAAAUGUAAUGUUAUUUUAAUCUGUAUGUUAUACAAUCGCUUCAAUGCAAGAUAAAGAGAAAUACAUUUAUUCAAAAUGUAGUGUAAUUCUAAUCUGCAUGUUGUACAAUCGCUUUUAUAUUGAACGUUCAGAUAAAAGACAUAAAUAUUUAACAUAUACACCACAAAUUCAUUGAUACUAUAAUUGCAACGUACAUCAUUUGUAAACAUUAGUUUAGUAUGUUUCUGUCAUUUAAAGAGUGUAAAAUAACGGGAUACAAAAUUUAGAAAUAAUACAAUUUAAUCUAAAUAUAAAUCAUGAAAGUUAAUUACAACCAUCUCUAUAUAAAAGCGCAUUAUUUCUUUUUCGCAGCAAGUAAAUAAUCAUUAAAUAAUAAUAUCAAUAAUAUUCCAUAAUUAUCAUUAUAUGUAUAUUAAAA